AUGACUCCAAAGUUUGUAAGCUAUAUGGAUGUUUCUGAUAUUAACCGCUUUCUGAAGACAUUAUUUCGGAGGAAAUAUAAAUGUGGCACUUCCAAUAAAACCUUUCCGACUUACCAAGCCUUGACCAUGGGGAGUAAGUAUGCAUCAUCUUCACAUACCGCAGCUUCUGAGGAAGAAGGCCAAGCCCUUGACACUUCCAAGCAUGCCAAGCAGGUGGUGCAAAAAUCCCACAAGUGCCGGACCUGCAACAAGAGCUUCCCCACGGGUCAGUCUCUUGGGGGCCACCAGACAACUCACCGGCAGAAGCCAGCCCAAUUAGCUUCACCCAAACAAGAAGCCAGCCAGAGUGCAGGUCCAAGAGUUUUGGAUUUUGAUCUCAACGAGCUUCCCCCAAUGGAAAAAGAAUGA